CCUAGCGAUACAGCGCAGGUACGUAUGGAAUAUCAGAAUCUCUUUUGCAUGAUGACCUUAUAGAGAACCGUUGCGAUUGACUGUCUGGCUUCGGCUGGCAGCAUGAUCGUUGAAAGGAAUUUGAACCUGAUCUGCCUCCCACAAUACCCCUAAGAUCCUGCUGUAAGCCAGUAAGCAGCACUUGCUGACUACAUUGCGAAGGUUGCGGAUGUCGGCGUGUGUGAUUCGUCGACUACGACCGUACCUGUUCCACGGCUUCGAGCGAUCCCAAGGCCGCGCCUUCUCGUGCGGUGCCUGGUUGCGAGAUGACUCGGACUCAGGCCGGAGAAGCGCGUCGCAUGACUACGUGAAGCGUGUUUCACAGCUACAGAGUUUCAAGAAGCUUGAGGAAUGCUAUCCACGCUUACCCUUCGGGUUUCCUGAGUCUCGUGUGCCCAUAUCGGACUUUAGGAGCCGGUAUGACGGGAUGUUGGAGGCUGGCCAGACUGUCAGGAAUAGCGUAGACUCUGCUGGCAAUGGCCCACUCAUCGUAGCCGGUAGGAUUCGUUCGGUGCGCACUGCAGGCAACAAGCUAGUCUUCCUCGAUAUCUACGACGGAUCCGCGUCUGUGCAGGUGGUAGUCGGAAUCGGUCUUCUAGAUGAGGCCGGCACCCAAGAGGACUGCUCCAAAACCUUCAAGGACUUCACUAGAACAGUGCGCAAAGGCGACUGGUAUGCUUCCACCGGCUGGCCGCACAGGACCCGGCGGGGUGAGCUGUCUCUCCUUGCUACCCAAGUGCCUCAACUCCUCUCACCGUCUCUGCACCAGCUACCAGAGUCUCUCGAGGAUGCUGAGACCCGAGCACGGAACCGGCAUGUUGACAUGCUCGUGAAUCCGGUUUCCACACUCCCACUCCACGUGCGACACCAUAUCGAGCAGUGCAUGAACGCCUUCUUCGACGACCGCGGCUUCAUCAAGGUAAGCACGCCUUUGCUCACCGCGGGAGCUGGUGGCGCCGUAGCUCGACCCUUCGAGACCGAAGCUACGGAGCUGGAGGGUCAAAAGCUCAAUCUUCGGAUCGCACCGGAGCUUUGGCUGAAGCGGCUCGUCGUUGGAGGGAUGGACAAAGUCUACGAGCUUGGUCCGGCGUUUCGUAAUGAAGGGGUGGAUGCCACGCACAACCCAGAAUUUUCAAUCUGCGAGUUCUAUGAAGCAUUUGCUACCUUGGACGAGCUUAUGCUGAAGACUGAGCAACUACUCGGCGCUUUGCAGGAGAGGUUUACCACGCUGAGGAGCGGAGCGCUGCAAAACUUGCCCGCUCUGGCCGUCAACCUUAUCGGUUCAUACCAACGUCACGAAUUCAUACCGACGCUCGAACAACAGAUGGGCCGCCCACUCCCUGACCUUCUCUCACCCUCCGCACACAAAGAUCUCCUCGCUAUUUUCGCCUUCAAAGGCAUAAUAACUCCUGAGAAUGCGACAAUCCCUCGUCUCCUGGACGCUCUAGCUUCCCACUACCUAGAACCUCUUUGCCACAACCCGACCUUCAUAACCCACCAUCCCGCCGCUCUCUCUCCGCUUUCCAAACAAGUCGUCUGCCCCACCACGGGCCAAACUGUGGCAGCCCGCGCCGAGCUUUUCAUCAAAGGCCGCGAAUACGCGAACAUGUACGAAGAGGAGAACUCACCUUUUGCACAACGCCGGAAAUUCGAAGAUCAGCUCAAGUACCGUGCCGAAGAUCGCGAAGGCGGAGAGAGAGACCUGAAAGGUGAGGUGGACGAAAGCUAUCUUGAGGCUUUGGAAUGGGGGUUGCCGCCUACGGGAGGGUGGGGAUGUGGGAUGGAUCGUCUUGUAAUGCUGUUUAGUGGGCGCGAGAGGAUUGGCGAGGUGCUGGCGUUCGGGACGCUGAGGAAUGUUGUAGGGUUGGGAAGGAAGGGGCGGUAA